AUGGACAAUGCUAUGGUAGCUACGGAGAUCAUUCACGCCCUUAAGAGGAAAACUAGUGGUAGCAUAGCCCACUUGGCUCUUAAAAUCGAUAUCAGCAAAGCUUAUGAUAGAGUUGAUUGGGGGUUUCUUAGAGGCAUCCUCCUUUGUAUGGGAUUUCAUGAGAAAUGGAUUCAUUGGAUUAUGAUGUGUGUGACUUCGGUUCAUUAUUCUGUUCUUGUUAACUCUGAUAGAGUUGGACCCAUUAUUCCAGGAAGAGGUCUGAGACAAGGAGAUCCCUUAUCACCAUAUCUUUUCAUUCUUGUUUCUGAAGGGCUUUCGGCUCUUAUUAGAGGCGCCGUCUCUCGUGGUGACCUUCACGGGGCACAGAUAUGCAGGGGGGCACCUAGUGUGGCUAAUCUUGUGGAGGUGACUAAUCUUAUGGGAAUCCUUAAUAUUUAUGCUGAGGCGACUGGUCAGGAGAUCAAUUUGUCAAAAUCUGAAGUUUACUUUAGUCGUAAUAUUAGUAGGCCAGCACAGGAGGAUUUAGCCAAACUAAUGGGGGUGAGGCAUGUUUUGGGCACAGGAACCUACUUGGGAUUACCUUCCAUGAUUGGUAGGAGUAAGAAGGCGACUUUCUCCUUUCUCAAGGAUAGAAUUUGGAAAAAAAUCAACUCGUGGAGCGGAAGAUCCUUAUCUAGAGCGGGGAAAGAAGUUAUGAUCAAAUCUGUGCUUCAGUCGAUCUUGACCUAUAUUAUGAGUCUUUAUUUGAUCCCGGAUGGUGUGGUGAAGGAUGUUGAAAAAAUGCUGAAUUCUUUUUGCUUGAAAAGCGAAGGAGGGAUGGGUUUUAGGGAUUUCAAAGCAUUUAACUUGGCAAUGAUUGCAAAACAAGGGUGGAACUUUUUGUCGAAACCAAAUUCUCUUGUGGCUAGAAUCUUCAAAGCAAGGUAUUUCCCUCGUUCCACUUUUCUCGAUUCAAAGAUUGGCAAUAAUCCAAGUUAUGUGUGGAGGAGCUUGUGGAAGGCAAAGGAUGUGUUAAAGUUAGGUAGUCGGUGGAGUAUACGGGAUGGUAGUAACAUCAAAGUUAUGCAUGAUCCGUGGCUCCGUGAGAAGGAUGGUUGGUGGAUUAAUGGUCCUCAGAAGCAAGGCGUGUAUGAUCUCUUUGUAAAAGAUCUUAUGCGUCCCGAUAUAAAACAAUGGGAUGUGGGUAAGGUGCUACAAGUUUUUGGUAGGAAGGAUGCGGACUCUAUUCUUAAAAUUCCUUUAGUGGAGGAGGUGGUGGUAGAUAGGUUGACUUGGCAAGAGGAACAAAGUGGUGAAUAUUGUGUGAAGUCGGGUUAUAGACUAUGGCGAAGGAUGCAAAACAAUAUUCGGCCCUAUGGUACUGAAGGUAAUUGGAAUCAUCUUUGGAGUAUUCUAGCGCCGCCUAGAGCAAAGCACUUGUUAUGGCGGAUUUGUAGGGAUUGCCUCCCGACCCGCUCAAAACUCCAACAAUUUCAUGUUCAAUGCCCGGUCUUAUGUCCUUGGUGUGAGUUAGAAGAUGAAGAUGAUUGGCAUGUGUUCUUCGGUUGUCCUUCUACUAGUCAAAGUUGGUGGGCAGCAGCCAGAGAUAAUCGGAGUUCUCCCGUUGAUACUAGUAGUUCAGAGGUGUGGGUCCCGCCUAUGGUUAACAGAAUAAAGUGCAAUGUUGACGCCGCUUUCAACACGACUUGUGGUACUUCUAAUAGAGGUUGGUGCUUUAGGGAUCACAUGGGGAGCUUUAUCACUGGUGGAGUGGCUUGGGAUGUGGGUGCUCUUUCUGUCAUUAAAGCCGAAGCCACCGCUUUGAAGGAAGCAAUUCAAAAUGCCAUCUCUUUACAUUUCUCCCAUGUUACCUUUGAAAGUGAUUGUCAAAUUGUAACAAAGGCUAUUCACGCUAAGCAUGUAGGUAACUCUGAAUUUAGCCUUAUUGUUAAAAAUAUUCAGAAUUUGUUGCUUCUUUUUCCGAACUUUGAGGUAAAGUUUAUUAAGCGCCAAGCGAAUUUGGUUGCCCAUACUUUAGCUAAGGCGGCCAAUUCUUGGUCUAGGCGUAGUUUUUUUAAUAUGAUACCUCUUUGUAUUGAGCAUUGUUUAAGUAAUGAAAGUCGCUAA